GGCGCAGCGGCCGGGGAAGUCCGGCCACCCGUCCGGGAGGCUGCGGUGGCGCCGGAGCCGCUGCAGCCGCUGCCGGCGCUCGCCAUGGGCCCGGGUCCCCAGCUGCUGCUACCUCUCGCGCUUUGCGUGGGGCUCGGCGCGCUCGUGACUUCUGCGGGGGCCUCGGGCGUGAGCAGGCGAGGCCCCACCGUGACGGCCAAGGUCUUCUUCGAUGUGAGGAUCGGAGACAAAGAUGUUGGCAGAAUCGUGAUUGGCCUCUUCGGAAAGGUUGUGCCCAAGACUGUGGAAAAUUUUGUCGCGCUCGCAACAGGGGAGAAAGGAUACGGCUAUAAAGGAAGCAAAUUUCAUCGCGUCAUCAAAGAUUUCAUGAUUCAAGGAGGAGACUUCACGAGUGGGGACGGCACCGGCGGUAUAAGCAUUUAUGGUGAGACAUUUCCAGAUGAGAACUUCAAGCUGAAGCAUUAUGGCAUUGGGUGGGUGAGCAUGGCCAAUGCUGGGCCUGAUACCAACGGCUCUCAGUUCUUCAUCACCUUGACCAAGCCCACCUGGCUGGAUGGCAAACAUGUGGUAUUUGGAAAAGUCAUUGAUGGAAUGACGGUGGUCCACUCCAUAGAACUUCAGGCAACUGAUGAGCAUGACCGUCCGCUCACUGACUGCUCCAUCGUCAACAGCGGCAAGAUAGAUGUGAAGACCCCCUUUGUGGUUGAGGUCUCUGACUGGUGAUACAACGGGAGGAAAACAAGAAACACACUGUGGCAGGG